AUCACAAACGGACAUAUUUCGAAUUAAGUAAGGUUCAACUGUCCAUGUCAAUCUCUAUCACUCAAGUUCGAUUUUAUAUCUUAAUCGAUCUCUUCGAGAGUGACGAUGGUUGUAUAUAUCCUGCUGGUUUUGUUCCUGUAUUCACCGAGUUCAUUAACAAAUUCUCUUGAAUGGGGCAUCACACCACCCAGUAAUGUUCGCAAAGGAUCAACCGCCACACUGGAAUGGACAAUAUCCCUCACAAAAGAGGAAAGACCGAAUGCAGAUCGCUUUUCUUUAAUUAUUGUGGAGCGUGAAAAGUUUCUUUACAGCGACGAAUGGCAGAUUAUGGCUGUUAAAGGGUAUGCUAAUGAUUUUCACCAAAAAGUUGGAAAUGAGGACACUUUUGAUAUGGUUCCUGGUAAGGAUGUGGCAUUCACAUUGAAAAAUGUCACAGACACCGAUGCCACACGCUUUCGCUGCACAUUUCUCAGCUCCUUUGCAGCACCCAAGAGUAUCAUUCAGGUGGAAAUGAAAGGUGUUCCCUUAAAAGUUCGUCUUGUUGGUGGAACGUCUUCUAACUGGGGUAGAGUAGAAAUAUACCGAAAUGGACGUUGGGGAACUGUAUGUAAGAAUGGCUGGGAUAUGCCAGACGCGUCAGUUGUUUGUCGAAUGUUGGGAUUCCCUGGGGCUUGGACGGCUGGCUGUUGCACUAAGAAUUCAGGGGGGCGUGAUCCGAUCUGGUUAAGUGAUCUGUCGUGUACGGGUCAAGAAGACACGUUAUCUGAAUGCAGCCAUAGUGGAUGGGGUGUCAAUGAGUGCGAUCAUACCCAAGAUGCUGAAGUUAUAUGUCACAGUCCAGCAACAGAAAAACCCACAAAGAAACCCUUACGAAUUUCCAGUGUGAAACCACGGCAGUCACAAAAGACUCCCUCCACAGCAGAACAGUCAGCUUCACACUUAAUUGUGAAAACAACCGCGCAACCAAUUUCAUCAUCAAUUUCUUCUAGCGCUGUUUUGUUGAAAGGGCAGAAAUCUUCAUCAUUGCAUUUGUCGAGUGCUGGAGCCUUGUCGACACCAACUACUUCCACUGCAACUCAAGUGACAAUGUCACCAGGAAGCUCUUUUACAAUAGUUGUUCCCACAGUGAUAUCGCCAAGUUCACCUUCACUGACCGUGAUGCAGAGCUCAGCCACUCCAACUUUUCCGCCCGCUCCGAUGGUGCGUUUGAGAGAUGGUGGCUCUCCUGAUUUCGGGCGAGUGGAGAUCUAUCAUAAUGGUACUUGGGGUACAGUGUGCGAUGAUAGUUGGGAUAUCAACGAUACUGCUGUAGUUUGUCGAAUGCUUGGCUUCAAAUACGCUUGGACUGCCAUCUCAUUUGCUGUGGAAAUUACCAAAGACGAACUAGAUCUUUAUGGUACAGGACCCAUUUGGCUCGAUGAUGUUAAUUGUUUCGGAAACGAGAGUUCUCUAAACGAGUGUGGCCAUAGUGGUUGGUUGGUUCACAAUUGCGAUCACUUGGAAGAUGCUGGAGUUUGGUGUGGUAAUAAAACAAGGGGGGCAGAUAUUCCUGAAUCAACAGUGGUCCCUGACAUAAACAAGCCUGUUAGACCACCGUCUGUUCAAGUUCAAUUAGUCAAUGGAUCAAGUGAUCGGGAAGGUAGGGUCGAGGUUUUCUACAAUGGAGAAUGGGGAACUGUGUGCAACCAUGAUUUUGACAUUCGAGAUGCGGAAGUCGUAUGUAGAAUGAUGGGCUUCCCUGGAGCAGUAUCUGCAGAGGUAGGAGGAAGAUUCGGUCCAGGUAAUUCCACUCAGAAGAUUUUGCUUGAUGACUUAUGGUGCACUGGACAGGAGACCUCAUUAGCUACCUGUUCAUUCAGAAGAUGGGGAUCAAGUAACUGUAAUCACAGUGAAGAUGCUGGUGUAGUUUGCAAGGAGAAAAUUAAAGCACCAAUUGUGCGAUUGAGAGAUGGAGAUGAUGUGUAUGGCCGGGUAGAGAUCUAUCACAAUGGAAUCUGGGGCACGGUCUGCGAUGACGAUUGGGAUAUCAAUGACGCCACUGUAGUUUGUCGAAUGCUUGGCUUUAAGGAUGCUUGGCAAGCACUCUCGUUUGGCGUGCUUAUGAAAGAACAGAACGCAAGUGAAUUUUACGGAACGGGACCCAUCUGGCUCGACAAUGUUAAUUGCCUUGGAAAUGAAAGUUCCCUUAUUGAAUGUGGUCACAAUGGUUGGUUGGCUCAUAACUGUGAUCAUGAGGAAGACGCAGGAGUAAUUUGCGGUGAUUCACUGCGGCCAAACGGAUUUCCAGAUUCCACAGUAGUAAAUGAUACUAACAAACCAGUUGGACUGCCUACUGUUUAUGCUCGAUUAGUAAAUGGGUUAAGUGAAAGAGAAGGUCGUGUGGAGGUCAACUACAACGGUGAAUGGGGAACCGUGUGUCGCGACCUUUUUGAUAUUCAAGAUGCAGACGUCAUUUGUCGAAUGGCGGGUUUUCCCGGGGCUGUAUCUGCUGAAGUGAAAGGAAGAUUUGGCGCCGGAAAUACCAGCCAGAAAAUUUUACUUGAUGAUUUAUGGUGCAGUGGGAAAGAGUCUUCGGUGGCUUCGUGUUCAUUCAGAGGAUGGGGUUCGCAUAACUGCAGCCAUGAUCAUGAUGCAGGUGUUGUGUGUAAAGAGAAAUAUCCAGUGAUAGAGCUUGAGCUGUUGGAUGGAAACUUUCCAAAUGAAGGUCGUGUUUCACUUUACUACAAUGGCCAGUGGGGUACGAUAUGUCAAGAUCAUUGGGAUAUCAAUGAUGCCCACGUGGUGUGUCGUAUGCUGGGCUACCCGGAAGCUUUUGACUUCUUCAACAGUACAAUUUCUGGGAGUGCCAUUGAUGGGCCAAUAUGGCUAGAUGACGUCAACUGCACGGGAAAUGAGAGCACGCUCGCAGCUUGUCCACAUGCUGGUUGGGGAAACAGUAACUGUGAUCACACGAAAGAUGUGGGGGUAGAAUGUGCUUAUGAUUACACUGUGAAUGCAAAGGAUGCAAGCUGUAAUUUUGACAUCUGGUAUUGUGGCUGGGAAACUUCAGCAGACAGCCGGAGUCUCGCAUGGACAAGAAAAUUUGGUCCAACUGUUACUGGCAACACAGGACCCUCUCAAGAUCACACCUCUGGAUUUGGAUUUUACAUGUACGUAGAAGCUUCUGGACAAACCUUCGGUGACGUUUCGACGAUAGAGUCUCCACGCAUAGCUAGCAAUGGCAACACGACGUGUAUGGUGUUCUAUUAUCAUAUGUAUGGGCAGGCUAUUCACACACUCAGAGUAAAGGUUGGAGAUCAAGUUUUGUGGGAGCUUUCAGGCAACCAGGGAAACGACUGGCACAAAGCGACAUUGCCUCUUUAUUUUAACGACACUUAUAGGGUGAUAUUUGAAGGUGUCGUCGGCAGCACUCCACGCAGUGAUAUCGCUAUCGACGAUGUCGAGUUCCAGGAAAAUACAGAGUGCGAAAAGAUGAGGAUAACAAAGGCUGAGAUAUCAGACUUUGGGAGCUACCAAUGUACAGCUGUGAGCGUGCGUGGCGAGAUUGUUUCAGCCGUUGCAAUGGUGGCGGUGGACAACUUUGCAGCGAGUAUUAUCCACAGUCCACAAAACAUUACUGUCAUGGAAAAGGAAAGAAAAAAUGUCACCCUGUACUGUAAUGCCACAGGGAAACCAGCUCCACGGCUGUCCUGGAUAAGAGAAAGAGAUGGAAAAAUAGUGGCAUCCGGAAAUACUCUAGUAAUCUUAUCUGCUGACAGAUCACAUCGGGGUGAAUACAGAUGCGUUGCUGAUAACGGAGUGCGAAGUCCCGUCUCUAAAUCGGCAUAUUUGAACGUGCUUUAUCAUCCUUCAUCGACAAGACUAACCACCGACAGACUAAAUGGAGUAGUCGUUGGAAAUGGUCGCAUUGCAUUGACGUGCAUAACUGAUGCCAAUCCCCCUCCUAGUCAGUAUCAGUUUUAUCGCGAUGGUAUCUACCUCAGAACGAGUCUCAGUGGAGUAUAUGUCAUUCAGAAGGCCAGAUAUUUUGAUGCGGGAACCUACUUAUGUGUACCACUUAACACUCUUGGCUCCGGUUUCAACGGCACUAUCCAGGUUUUUGUCAUCGGUGCGUUCUCCAUUAUUUAUUCUCCACGAAAUAUAACCGCCAAUGAAAGCACAAGUGUGUCUUUUUUCUGUAAUGCCACUUCAUAUGCUCCAUAUGACCAUCUCCAUACCAUGAUCUCAUGGAGUAAGCUCGGAGACAACAGUAAAGUAUAUCAAUCAGGCGAACAGCUUGUUAUAAAAAAUGUGAGUCGAUACGACGGAGGAACGUACAUCUGCACAGCUCAUAAUGGACUUGGGCUUCCUGAUACUGCAGGAGCUGUUUUGAAUGUGCUGUAUAAACCAUACAACACCAGACUGGAGGCAUCAAUUCCAGAUAAUGUGGCAAUAAUCAACUCAUCACUGAUCUUGAAUUGCACUGCCAAAGCCAACCCACCGGUUACAUCGUAUAAAAUUUACCACGAUAGCAUCCUUGUGUCCAAUACUUCCAGCGGCGUUCUUAACAUCACACACGCCCUGGCUGAACAUAAUGGAUCUUACGUCUGUAUACCUUACAACGAGUUUGGUGAAGGCGAAAGGGCAACUUUAAACGUGACCUUUACAGGACCGUGUGGUGCUAAACGAGUACAUCAUACCUGGUCGCCUCAGAUUGUGGCUGGAGCUUACGCUAAACUUGGGGAAUGGCCGUGGCAGGUACAGCUAGGAUACUCUGAUAACACCGAAAGCAUCCCUCAUCUUUGCGGUGGUUCCAUCUUGGAUCAUUACUGGAUUGUCACUGCAGCUCACUGUCUGAAACGUGAGCUUCAAGAAAAACCCCCAGCCAAUUUUAAUGUCACUGUUGGAGAACUUCACAGGGGUAUCAAUGAAGGAAGUGAACAGAACAUUCCAGUAGAAAAGAUAUUUUUACACGAGAACUUUGACGAUAUUGACCUACAAAACGACAUCGCUCUGAUAAAAAUGCAACAACCCAUUCUGUUUGGUCCUCACGUGUCACCGAUCUGCCUCCCAGAUUUUGAUUUUGAUGUCGGUACCUCUUGUUAUGUUACUGGGUGGGGAUAUCUGGGACCUUUGGGUUCUCCAUCAGACAUUCUUCAAGAAACCACUGUCCCACUGAUGAACCACACGGUCUGCAAAAACCAUUACGUAGGUAUACAAAGUGUGACACCGGACAUGCGCUGCGCAGGAACUCUGGGUCAGAGUCGAGGCACAUGUCGAGGAGACAGUGGUGGGCCGCUAGCCUGUGAAAGAGACGGCCGCUGGUAUUUAAUGGGUGUUACAAGUUGGACAAACGAAGGUUGUAUGCACAACGGUGACCCAGGAGUAUUUUCCGAUACUCUUCAUUUCAGACCUUGGAUUGAAGAAGUCAUGAAAAACAAUACCAAGACAGCUGUUUAGGACGCAAUAGAUUUUGUUUUUCUACAGAGGGUUAAGUACUAAAAAAAUCACUCGGGUGCGAGCAGUUUACGACUUUUUUAAGAAAGGCGUCAUUGAUGAACCAUGACACUUUGUAGGGGCACCUCACGACCUUUUUCAGGCUUAUUUGUGUCUUGACUUUUUGAAGUUGUUUUCGCAGUUUUACUUAUAAAUUAAGAGUCACAACAGCCAGGUCUCUCCUCUCCAUUGUUUUGCUGAGGUUCCUGUUCAUUAGCGCACCUAAACAGCUACAAAAUCUAACUAAGUGCAUCUCAAAUAAGCCAUGUUGCCAUGUUUCAAAAUCACCCCAUGCACCGCUCCCUGAGUUUACUGCUCGUUCUUCAAGAGUGCCCAUGAGAGGGCGUCGAACAGAAAAACAUAGAUGGAACGUAACCACUAACAGAUGUGUCUUUGAUAAAAUUGUGUCAUUCUAUGAGUGUUAUUACAUGGUAUAAAGGAAGACGAAAAUAGUUACUUUUCAACGCUUGGCGUUUGGACGACGCAGUUUUUUCUUUUGUUUUACACAGAUACAACUGCAAAUGAACGAAAAUUUUCAUAUAGCUACCUGUAUUUUUAUAAUUCUAUAAUGAAACAAUAUAGAUGAAACAAUCAUAGUAUUUUGAUAAAAUAGUGUUGUUAGUUUUCAUCUAUUAAUGAAAGUGUACCAUCCGUCGUUUCCAGGGGAUGGUCAGGAUCCAUAGGCCUGACAUUAAAGUGUAAAUAGAAAAUCUCGAUAUAUUUAUUUAUUUAUUUAAACAAUUUAUUUCCACUUGGUUGUAAUGCAAAUGAGAGUAUUGGAUAACCUUGUACUUGUAAGGGUUUACCGGCUUAAAGAAAGAAAAUGAAUAAAUAAAGUUAAGUGUUUAAAACUU